AUGUUAAUAAAAGCUAAUCAGCUAAGAUUAAAAAUUCCCAAAGUUAAUGAUGGAGACUCUGAACAUUUGACAUCAAACAACGUGACUACUUCUGCUACAGAAGAACACUCUGGUAAAGAAGAGCAUGGAGAUCAUGGAGAGACUGAGCCUUUGACGUCACCAAAAGCCCCCAAUGAGGAAGCUUCAUUACAACACAGUGAUAAAGAUUCCUCCAAGGUAACAGAGAGUCAUAAUACUUCAAGAGGAUCACCGGAACUAAAGCAUUAUGCUUUUGUGGAAUCUUUCGUAAGCGUUAGCAGCGACGUUGAAGGCGAAAAUCUGGUUGAUGUGUUAAAGCAACAACUAGAGGCAUGA